AAAAAAAAAAAAAGACUCACAACACAGUUAAAAUUCAUGAGUACACAACGGAAAUGAUACAGAAUGGAUGCCAUCAGAAAGCUGAUUCAGCAUUGGUAGCUAAAGAGCAUGGGGCUCCUCACUGAGAUGUUUAGCUCUGGCACUAACCUGAGGUAUGUCUUCAGGCAAGUCUCUUCACCUUACUGUGAUUCCCCAUCUGUAAAGUGAAAAUAACAACAGUGGUUUCACUUGGCUGUGUAUCAUGUGCCGCGGAGGGAGGAGGAGAGAAGCUGUGUGAGCAAGCGAGGGUGCAGCCUGGCCCCACGGGGAAGGGAGGGCUGGUGGCGCGGGGCCCGGGGAGAGACCUGGAGUGCCUGCAGCGGGUGGGGACAAGGCCGCGGGCCCACCAUCAGCACCAUGCUCCUGGGGAUCCUCGUGGUGCUCUGCUUCAUCCCCGCUGCCGAUGUAACAGAAAACAAGAUUUUAGUGGCUCAGCAUCCUCUGCUCAUCGUAGCCAACAAAACGGCAAACCUAGUCUGCAACUACUCAUACAAUGGAACAGGGAAGGAAUUUCGAGCUUCGCUGCACAAAGGAACAGACAGUGCAGUUGAAGUCUGCUUUAUUUCAUGGAACAAGACCAAAUCUAGCAGUAAUUCCAAUAAAGAGUUCAACUGCCAGGGGACAUUUUAUGAAGACAAAGUAAUCUUCAAUCUUUGGAACAUGAAUGCCAACCAAACUGACAUCUACUUCUGCAAAAUUGAAGCCAUGUAUCCACCUCCAUAUGUCUACAAUGAGAAGAGCAACGGGACAGUCAUUCAUGUGAAAGAGACACCUGUCCAAACACAAGAGCCUCAGUCUGCAAUUUCUUACUGGGUUAUGGUGGCAGUGACGGGACUUCUUGCUUUCUACAGUAUCCUAAUAACUGCAAUCUUUAUUAGCUACUGGCAAAAGUCCAAGAAGAACAGGUACCACCAGAGUGACUACAUGAACAUGACUCCCCGGCAUCCACCCUACCAAAAGAACAAGGGUUACCCAUCCUACGCACCAACACGAGACUACACUGCGUAUCGCUCCUGGCAGCCGUGACAGCCACCAGCUGACCCACCACUAUCCUCUUGUGCUUCUAGGCAGUCACUUGCUCUUGGACAGGGAAGGACAGCCUGUUGUUUUCUCAUCACGUUUGUUAUUACUGACCAUGGAUACCUACACCAUAGCAAGUAUUGGCUAAACUUCAGUGUUAUGCAAAAUGAAAAUAAAAAAAAAAAAAGGCAGACAUAAAAAAGGGGGAAAAAGUAAAAAAAAAAAAAGGAUUGUUUUCCGUGAUGGCUGAAAAUGAGAUGCAACUUCUGUUGAGGGUUGUCAGUGGGUAAGAGAAAAGGAUGGCAUCGGAUCUCGGAGCUGGUCUCCUCUUAACACUGGUGGUUUUGUUCAGCUGUUGGGGGAACCAGAACCAGAACAUCUGACCUUUCCCAAUAACUGCUCCCUUAGAUUUAGCCUGUAAUUUCUUUUCCUGAAUGUCUAAUCCUCAGAAAAAAAUGUUGCUGUUAAAUAUGGAAAAAAUGGG